AUUUACAGAGCCGGUGAAACAAAGAAGGAGGGCAAACAGAUAUUGCAUAUGUAAAUGUGUCGCCUGUGGUGAUGCUUCAGUAAUAAAGCGAAGCUCGGUGAAGGAUCAGUGGAGCCGCUCUGCAGCCCACAGGUCUCAGUAUUAUUAGCAUCAGCAAGACUUGGGUCAGCCAAGAAACAGAAGAAGAAACUCUAAACUACAGCCAUCCGUGCCUCACGGUGCCUGAAUGCAUCAGAAAUAACCUAGUGCUCUGAUAAAGGGAUAUUCUGUGAAACGGCGUAGCCGCAUCCAAAAUGAACCAAACUGCGUCCGUCUCUCAUCAGAUCGAGUGUCAGCCAGUCAAGGAUAGCAAGGAGUUUGUGGACGUCAGCCCCCCACAGAGGAACUGGAAGGGCAUCGCCAUCUCUCUGCUGGUCAUCGUGGUCGUCUGCUCACUCAUCAGCAUGUCAGUGAUCGUCCUCACACCAGCGGAGCUUCCCGGCAGCAGCAAGGCCAAACUGACUGUGACUGAUCUGUACAAACCUGAGUUCAGCGUGCACGAUCCCAAGGCUCAGUGGAUCAGUGACUCGGAGGUGGUUUUCAGAAACCGUGAUGGUCAUGUCAUCAAGUUUAACUUCAUCCUGAACGAGACUGAAGUCAUUCUGAGCAACAAUACAUUUCUGGCGUUCAAGGUAGCAAAGUACUCGCUCUCUGCAGAUUUGAAGUAUGCACUCUUCGCUUAUGAUGUCAAGCAGAUGUACAAAUAUUCCUACACAGCAUCCUACAUUGUGUACAACAUCUACACACGGGAGGUGUGGGAGCUAAACCCGCCAGAGGUUCACAACGCAGUGCUUCAACAUGCAGCUUGGGGAAGACAAGGACAACAGUUGAUCUACAUCUUUGAAAACAACAUUUACUAUCAGUCGGAUGUGAGGAGUAAUUCCCUCCGAAUCACUUCCUCAGGGAUGGAGGGUGUCAUCUUCAACGGCCUCGCUGACUGGUUGUACGAAGAAGAGAUUUUGCAUUCGCACUUGGCGCACUGGUGGUCACCGGAUGGAGAACGACUGGCGUUCCUGACCAUAAACGACACCCUGGUACCAAACAUGGCCCUGCCCCAGUUCACAGGCAGCACGUACCCCCGUGGACUUCAGUACCCGUACCCCAUGGCCGGUCAGAUGAACCCUGCAGUCAAGCUGUGGGUGGUCAACCUGUUCGGAGCGACACAUACUCAGGAGCUGCAGCCUCCUGAUCAGCUCCGGUUCAGGGAUUUCUAUGUCACCAUGGUGAAGUGGAUCAGUAACACACAGCUCGCAGUGCGUUGGGUUAACCGGCCCCAGAAUGCAUCUCUGCUGACUGUGUGUGACGCCACCCUGGGAGUCUGCCUUCAGAGGCAAGAGGAAACUUCAGAAACCUGGCUGUCCAGGCAGGGCCAGGAGCCACUGUUCUCCAAAGACCGGAGCAGGUUUUUCCUGACUCUACCCAUGAAACAAGGAGGUCAGGGAGAAUUCCACCACAUCACAAUGUUCACCAAAAAGCUACGAAGCGACCAGGACGAGGUUCGCCACCUAACGUCGGGUGACUGGGAGGUGACAAAAAUCUUGGCAUAUGAUGAAAACAACCAGCUCAUAUACUUUUUGAGUACAGAGGAAUCUGCACAACAGAGACAUGUAUACAGUGUGUCCACCAUGGGACUGUUUCCACGGCAAUGCCUCACCUGUGGACUGAAGGAGGACUGUAGGUUCUUCAACGCCGAUGUCAGUGCCGAUGCACAGCAUGCCAUCCUACACUGUAAAGGUCCUGGAGUUCCAGCUGUGCUGCUUCUAAAUUUUGAUGACAUGGACUCAUAUUUCAUCAUGGAGAACAACGUCCCUCUGCGGUCAGUGCUGGAGACUAAAAGGAGCGCGCAGACUGAAAUUAGGAUGAUUACACAUAACUUUGAGUUGCCUCUGAAGGUCAUCUAUCCUCCUGAUUUCUCUGAGUCCUACCUCUACGGUCUUCUCCUCAUCAUACGCAGUUCUCCGGCCGAUCAGGUGGUGACUGAAGAGUUCAGGUUGGGCUGGGACCAGGUAUUGGUGGGAACAGAGCAGGUCAUCGUGGCGCGGCUUGAUGGAAGCGGGACAGAGUUCAGAGGUCAAAGGGUUUUACAGCAGAUCCACCAGAAGCUCGGGAUGGUGGACACAGAGGAUCACAUAGCAGCCCUGGAAUACCUGGUGAACCUGCCGUUUAUCGAUCGCACACGUGUGGGCGUUUUUGGCGAGGCGUAUGGAGGCUACAUCACGCUGAUGAUGCUGAAAUCAGCAGAGAGGCUGAUCAGGUGUGCAGCUGUUCAGGCUCCUGUCAUCGACUGGACCAUGUACGCCUCAUCUUUUUCAGAGAGAUACUUCGGUUCGCCUUUGACUGAAGACAGCAGAUACCAAACGUCCAAAGUCCUGCCCAACAUGAAGGGUCUGCCCGAUGGCACGCUGUUUCUGGCUCAUGGAACUGCUGACGCAAGUGUUCACUUUCAGCACUCAGCAGAGCUCAUCAAGCACUUGAUAAAGGUCGGAGCCAACUACACUAUGCAGAUAUACCCUGACGAGGGCCAUUUUCUCUCGAGACGCAGCCAGAUCCAGCUGACUCACUCCUUCAUUGGUUAUUUUAGAGGAUGCCUGCUUGACUCAUCAUCAUUACUCGACCGGCAAUGGGACGAGGACUGAGGAGCGCAUUUAUUUCAGGACUACAUUGAACAACAGUCUGUGUGCCGCUUUGUUUGGCCCUGGUUUGAGUGAUUUUUGAGUGUUUGUUUUUUAUACCUACAGCAUAAUAUUUGACGGCGCUGCUUCUUCAACAUAUUAGAAGAGGUUUUAUUGCUUACAGGGCCAUAGAAUAAAGUUAUUAUGUC